AUGCAAGAAGCCGAUUUCGACAUGUCUGUCACUUCAGAUUUCAUGAAGGCAUACGACCAGCUACAAGUAAAAGUGGAGCCGUUGACUCUUAUCGUGCCCCAGUUUGAAGUUCCACUCCCUCCAUUGCAGCCAGCGGUAUUUCCACCGAACUUCCGAGAACUGCCUCCUCCAAAGCUGGAGCUCUUCGACCUGGAUGAGAUGUUCAGCAGCCAAGAAGUUCGGCUCGCCCAGCUGACGAAUAAAUGUAAUAGGAUUCUCGCAGCACCGUACUCAUGCCAGCUGUUCGAGUUCAAAAAGCUAGGACAGGACGGAGACGUUGAUGCGAUGCUGUACGACAUUCAGGGUGGCGCUGACGUUAUGGUCGACGAGGAAACGUUUUCUGAUAUUGAAGACUAUGAUGACCUUCAAUAA